GGCUCAUCCACAUGGGCACUUGUACCAGCCCAUGGCUCCUCAGGGUGAAUAAUUGAAGGGCAGGUCACACGAGCCCGCCCGUCACAGGAUGCCUUCCCCGCCGGGUCCGGUUACGCCCCAGAUCGCAUUCUGACAUCCCCAGCUGGUGAAUAAUUAAGCUGCCACCUCCUCUGAGGCAGGCCUCCAUCUCCAGGUCCCACUCUGCAGCUUCCUCAUUGCCGGCCAAGCCGUGGGCCCCUGAGAGACCACCCACCACUGCUCCCAGCCGGGCCAUCGCCACCAGCUCCCAGCCUCCUGCUCAGACCCCGGCGACAGCCGUCCCAUGCCCCCCGAGAUGGACCAGUUCUACAGGUCCACCAUGGCCAUCUACAAGGUGUGAGCAGGAGCUGGCUGCGAGGGGACCAUAGCUUGAAACAGGACCCCAAAAAUGGGAUCUGAGGCCCCUAUAGCCAGAGCCAGGAUUCUGGAUGAGCCUAGAGCAUCAUGGAGCAGUUUAACCCCGCCCUGGAGAACCUGGUGUACCUGGGCAACAACUACCUGCGUGCCUUCCAUGCCCUGUCUGAGGCGGCCGAGGUCUACUUCAGUGCCAUCCAGAAGAUUGGGGAGCGUGCCCUGCAGAGUCCCACCUCCCAGAUUCUGGGUGCAGACAUUCCAUGGAGACUUGCUGCAGCACAUGGAGAAGAACACCAAGCUGGACAUGCAGUUCAUCAAAGACAGCCGCCAGCACUAUGAGAUCGAGUACCGCCACCGAGCGGCCAACCUGGAGAAGUGCAUGUCUGAGCUGUGGCGCAUGGAGCGCAAGAGGGACAAGAACGUGCGGGAGAUGAAGGAGAGUGUGAACCGGCUGCACGCCCAGAUGCAGGCCUUCGUGUCUGAGAGUCAGCGGGCAGCUGAACUGGAAGAAAAGCGGCGCUACCGCUUCCUGGCGGAGAAGCACCUGCUACUUUCCAACACCUUCCUGCAGUUCUUCAGCCGGGCCCGGGGGAUGCUCCAGAACCGCGUGCUGCUAUGGAAGGAGCAGUCAGAGGCCAGCCGCGGCCCGUCGCGCGCCCAUUCCCCCGGCCUGCUGGGCCCUGCGCUGGGGCCACCGUACCCCUCGGGCCGCCUGACGCCCACCCGCCUGGACAUGCCCCCAAGGGCCCUGGGAGAGUUCAGCUCCCCCCGCAGCCGGCACAGCUCCGGCUCCUACGGCCCGGAGCCCGACGCGAGGCCCGCGUCCCAGCUGGAGCCAGACCGCAGGUCCCUGCCCCGCACGCCGUCUGCCUCCUCGCUCUACAGCAGCAGCACCCAGCGCUCGCGCUCCAACUCCUUUGGCGAGCGGCCGGGCGGCGGCGGGGGCGGCGGGGGCGCCAGGAGGGUCCGUGCCCUGGUCUCCCACUCUGAGGGCGCCAACCACACGCUGCUGCGCUUCUCCGCCGGGGACGUGGUGGAGGUGCUGGUGCCCGAGGCCCAGAACGGCUGGCUCUACGGCAAGCUGGAGGGCUCGUCCGCGAGUGGCUGGUUCCCUGAGGCCUACGUGAAGGCUCUGGAGGAGGGCUCCAUGAAUCCCAUGACCCCCAUGACCUCCAUGACCCCCAUGACACCCAUGAUGCCCAUGAAGCCCAUGAACCCCGUGAAAGAGCUGCCUUCCAGAUCCUACCCACUCCGGGGCAGCCACAGCCUCGAUGACCUCCUGGACCGGCCAGGCAACUCCACAACACCCUCGGAGUACUGGGAUGGUCAGUCCAGCUCCCGCACCCCAAGCCGGAUGCUGAGCCAUGCCCCCAGCCCUGCACAUCCACCCUUGCCCAGCAGCCGCCGCAGCAGCAUGGGCAGCACGGGGGUGGCCACUGACGUCAAGAAACUGAUGUCCUCGGAGCAGUACCCCCCGCAGGAGCUCUUCCCAAGGGGCACAAAUCCUUUUGCCACCGUCAAGCUUCGCCCCACCAUCACCAAUGACCGCUCAGCGCCCCUCAUCCGCUGAGGCGGGGUCCAAGGUCUUACCCCCCAGGACACCUGCCCCGGGACUGUUCGGAGCUGGCAGUGGCAGCAACGGCAGCAGCAGCAGUGACUACAAGAAAUGGGGCGCUGAAACCAGAGGUGGCUGCCCUUCCCCAGAGCACCCCGGCAGCCCGAGCAGCUCAGAAGCACUGGCUUGGGGUCAGAGACCUUCAAAGUAAAGCAGGCGGAAUGGGGGGAUAGGACAAUUUCUUUCCCUCCAGGGGCUCCAGGACUCUCCCUGGGG